CUUCCCCAAGUCUCCCCUUUGGUUCCCUUGUCCCGUGUGUUACACGGGCCUGCGCGCUGCACGUUAGCCCUACCAUUGAAUGUGGAAGAGGCACGUUAGCCCUUGGCAGAGCUGCCUGUUUAUGGCAGGCGUGGGUGUCUCUGUGUCUCAGGGCAGGCGUCUGGCCCCCAGCGCGCUCAGCCAUUGGAUCAGCCCGCCCCGCAGUUAUCUGGGCCGAUCUCUCGGCCUGCUCCGCGGGGUUUUAAAUAUGCGCUUUCCGAGCACACCCCGGGGGUGCAGGUGGCGGGGGCGGGGAGGGGGGUAUUUGCGCUGUGCCUCGGGAGCGGGACGUGCCAAGCGAGGCCGAAGCUCCCCCUGCCCAGGAGCGCGUGUGCGUGUGUGUGGGGCCGCGGUGUGUGCCUGAUAGGAAACCGUAAAAGCAGCGAGGCAGGUCAUUCGGGGAGCGAGUCCGUCCCAGCGCUGGGCACCGCCGCCGCGCAGAGCAGCAGCCGGACGGCAGCGGCGCCGCCAGCAGCGCAGAGCAGAGCGGAGCGGGCCGGGGCGGCCGCGGCAGCCCCUCCCGGGGCCUGGGCCCCCUGCCCCGGCUGCUGCUGCUGUGCUGGCCGCGGGCCCCCUCCCCGCGGGCAGCGCCCAUGAGCUCCUACUUUGUCAACCCGCUGUACGCCAAGUACAAGGCGGCGGCGGCGGCGGGCGAACCCCUGGGCCCCGCGUACUACGACUGCCCCUUUGCGCCCGAGCUGAGCGGCCGCCACGCCGCCGCCCUGCUUUACGGGACCAGCGCGGCCGCCGCGGGCUUCCAGCCGCACCCCGGGCCCGGCGGCGGCGGCCCAGACUAUUACCUGCAGGCCGGGGGGAGCCCCGCGGCUGCCUACCAGCCGCCUCCUCCCCCCGCUCCCGCGCCGCCUCCUCCUGCCCCCUGCGGCGGGAUUACCUGUCACGGGGAGCCCGCGAAAUUUUACGGAUACGAUAAUUUACAGAGACAGCAGCUUUUUACGACCCAGCAAGAGGCCGAGCUGGUACAAUAUCCUGACUGUAAAUCGUCCAGUGCUAAUAUUGGCGAGGAACCAGACCACUUAAAUCAGAGCUCGUCUCCCGCUCCAAUGUUCCCCUGGAUGAGACCGCAAGCGCCUGGUAGGAGGAGAGGAAGACAAACAUACAGUCGUUUCCAGACGCUAGAGCUGGAAAAGGAAUUUCUGUUUAACCCUUAUCUGACACGGAAGAGAAGGAUUGAGGUAUCCCACGCGCUAGGACUCACCGAGAGGCAGGUAAAGAUCUGGUUUCAGAACAGGAGGAUGAAAUGGAAAAAAGAAAACAACAAGGACAAAUUCCCAGCUUCCAGGCAGGAGGGAAAGGAAGGGGAGGCCAAAAAGGAAGCACAUGAUCUGGAAGAAGACAGAGCUGAAGGCCAGACGAAUUAAGUUUUGCCUUUAAACAUUAAUAAAAGAUUAUUGAAAAUAACGAUCCACAUAUGCUGGGAAACACGGCCGGUUUUCUUUGUUGCAAAGGUCCUUAGUGUGUUUCAAGCUAUCCUAUGUCAUUAGGCUUGACGUUUCUGUGCUUUGUGUUUUUUGGCUUUGUUUUUACUGUAUCAAGCACAAUCUCUAGCUCACUUACUCUUAUUUACAUGGAAAUUUGAUACCGAAUUUGUAGCAAUAUAUUUUAUUGUAAUUUUCCAAUGUUUAAAAGAUGGUGAUUACUGUCAACGACAUAAACUUCCUAAUGAUAAGUACCAAUAAGUGAGACAUAUAAAAUGCUUUAUUAAUCAGAACAAGUGCACUUGUACUAUUUUAAACUUUUUCCUAUAUUAUGUUGAGUAAGUUAAAGAAAUCUAAUAAUUUUGAAGAAAUUAUCUUAUUAAAAUAUUUACCUUCUAUUAUUGCUAUUGAUUAAAAUAAACAUAAUUUUAUUCAAAUGUAAUACUUAUCAGUUCUCUUAUCUCCCCUUUGUAAUUUAUUGGCUCGAUAACCUUCUGGAGCUCUGCAAUUUCCGUAACUUUUUUUCCUUUCAUCGUUUCUCACUAUAUGUGGUAUUGCUGGGAGAGCUUAAGCCAAAUAUUUCGAAAGAACAUAGCCGAAAAACGGCAUUGUUUUAAACAAAGAACAGGUGACCUGAAGUCUAUGGAAACUGCGAUAGCCACAAGGGUUUAAAAAGAAAAAAUAGGUUUUAUCUUGUUCCGGCUGAGUCAAUGGAAGCUUGUCAUUGAUUUCAAUGGUAGCAGACUUUUAAUUUUUUGCUAUAUUUGAGAGAAAGAACUUUGUGACAAUUAAAUCGUCUAUUGAGUGAAUACUUGAAAGGCCGAUGAUAUAAUUCAGGUCUGAUCCUGCAUUUCUAUUAUACGUAGUCUCUUGAAGUCAUUGGGGGUUUGGGGUGAACAGGUAAUGCAGGAUCGGGUCCAUGCUAAUUAACUCUCCAACACUGCUAUUGUUUCACAGUUACUAGAAACCAUUCAUCUCACCAUGAAUUUUCCUCGUAUUUUCAUUUUCAGCUGCUGUUGUAAUUUUCAUAAAUUGCAUGGUAUUUGUCCAUUUUCC